GCCGUAUCUCCGCUGCGCUGCUUGAGAUAACUGAAAAGUGAAAUAAAAAGCUAUUCCAACCGAAACCAACUAAGUAUUCGUACUCGCGAUGGUUUCGCAGCAAAUGGUAUACGCGGCAGCGGUGCCCGUGGGUGUGGUUUUGGCUAUUGGACUGAUACGCAAAUGGAGGUCCAGAAAAUGGGGGAAGUGUUUAAGUAACACUUGUUUGAGGGGUAAAACGUUUCUAAUUACGGGUGCGAACAGCGGGAUAGGGUUUGAGACGGCCAAAGCGCUGGUGAGGCGGAAGGCUAGGGUGAUCUUCGCUUGCAGGGACAUUGCGAAGGCUAAAGAGGCGAUCACGCAAAUAAGGAAGGCGCAGCCGACUGGCGGCGAACUGAUCCCCAUGCAGUUGGAUCUUGCAUCGUUUGAAUCCAUCGAGAACUUCGUAGAAGUGGUGAAGGCCGGCUUCUACAAGAUUGACGUGCUGAUCAACAACGCAGGUGUUGCGACUCCGUUGAACCUCGGCCUGAAGACCAAGGAGGGCUUCGAGAUCAACAUCGGUGUUAACCACGUUGGGCACUUCUACCUUACUAAUCUUCUGUUAGAUCAUUUGAAACGGGCAGCUCCGAGCAGAAUCGUGAUCGUGUCUUCCACACUUCAUGAAAAAGGGAAUAUCAACUUUGAUGACUUGAACUUAAAGCAGGAAUCUGAAUUGGCUGUCCAGGGCAAACUGAAGGGCCGGAACAACCCUGGGUACUGCAACUCCAAGCUGAUGAAUGCGUACUUCGGCCGCGCCUUGGCUGACAAGCUUAAGGAUUCAGGAGUUGACGUACAUACCGUGUGCCCUGGAUUCUGCUAUACUAAUCUGUUCAGAGAUUCACUGAGAUGGUAUCACUUCAUUCUGAUGGCUCCGAUCGCUUUGCUGUUCAUGAGGUCAUCUCAGCAGGGUUCAGAGACGGUCGUAUUCUGCGCCACCGACUACAGCAUAGAGGGCAAAACCGGCAAGUUCUUCCGCGACUGCGUCGAAUACACCUCCAAAUACCCCUUCGACAAAGAGGUCGAGACCAAACUGUGGCAGGCCACCGACGACAUGGUCAAGGCCAGGAGGCCCUUGUGAGACCAACCACCCGCGAGGCCUAACACCCAACCAGCCACGGAGUCCACACCCACCACUCAGACCGCCCAACGCCCGCAAGACCUAAACAUACGACCACCGCCUCCCGUCAAACUUAAGCGUCAAGAGAGGCCUAAAGAGACCCGGAGGCCUGAGAGGCCUAAGCCGUGGCAGGAGAAGGCCGAGUCGCGGCAGCGGCAAGAGCGGAAGACUCAAGCCGGCCCGAGCCGGCCGAAACGGCAGGCGCCGGGGCAGUCCACUUCGAAGAAAAAUUAAAGUAAUG